AUGGGUCUAUCUCUAGCCGGAGGGCCCGCAGAAUGGGAUGCGUUCCGAGCGGUCAAAGCCGCCAAACAAGACGAGGGCUGGCGUCGGAUCGACGACUAUAUCGUGUCGAGAGGUUGUCAACCGUUGAGCGACAGUCCGUUCACUUAUAGUGACAAAUAUCUUAAUCUCUAUGGCUAUCCAUUUGAGUUGGAUUUCCCGCCCGGUGUCGCACAGUUGCCUACAAAUGUCAUCCGUUUGGAUCACUUUAUGCGAGCGCCCGAAGGGAUAGGCUUUGAGAUACCGGUGCCGUUAAGGGAUAUGCCGGGAAAGUUGGUGUACUUUUCGUUGGGAUCGAUGGGCGCCAUAGAUGUGGUCAAUAUGAAGCGAUUGGUGGCCAUUAUGGCUAAAUCCAGGCACAGGUUCAUUGUGUCGAUGGGACCCUCGCAUGACGAGUACGUAUUGCCCGGCAAUAUGUGGGGCCAGGAGUUUGUGCCGCAGAUACGAGUCCUGCCAUUAGUUGAUUUGGUUAUAACACACGGCGGCUAUAACUCGACGAUUGAAACGUUUUGUUUUGGCAAACCUAUGAUUGUUAUGCCAUUGUUUGCCGAUCAAUACGAUAACGCCCAGAGAGUACAGGAGUCGGGCCUCGGCUUACGACUGGACCCCUACCGGUGCUCAGACCGCGAGUUGUUGUCUGCGAUCGACACUCUUUUGAAUGAUAAGCCAUUGAAUGAAAAGCUGAUGAAAAUAUCGCAAAGAAUACAAACCAAUAAUAGUUUACCAGCACUUGAUGCCCAACGACAGGUCAGUCACGACAACACUUGUGCCCGAACUCAAUGGGACUCAUCGUAUGAUUUCAUUGUUGUCGGCACCGGAACUGCCGGUGCGGUUGUGGCCAACAAACUGAGCCAAAAUAAAUUGAUCAAGGUGUUAGCAUUAGAGGCAGGUGGUCCGCAAAAUGCUAUUUAUAAUGAUAUUCCGGCCAUAUAUACAACUAUACCUUCAAACUUAAAGUGGAAUUAUUAUUACGAGCCAAACAAAAACUAUGGCCUACAGUACGCCGGGGGUCGGGUUCCCGAUAAUAGUGGCAAAACAUUGGGCGGCAGUUCAACGCUUAACGUUAUGGUAUUUAAUCGGGGUAAUAGUCGUGGGUAUGACGAGUGGGCUCACAAAUACGGCGCCGACGGUUGGAGUUAUAGGGAUGUGUUGCCGGUGUUCAGGGAGUGGGAGAACAAUACCGAUCCCCAUAUUGUAUACAAUGAACCCGGAUAUCACGGAACUCGUGGACCCAUUCAGAUCACAACACCAAAUAAUGCGCCAAAAUUUUAUCAAAACUAUUACAAAGCAUUCAACGCCUUAGGCUAUAAUGAAACUGAUAUUAAUGGCCCGAAUCAGGCCGGGUAUGCGCUGACACAGUCUUAUAUAAACACGACGGGUCUAAGGGAGAGCACCGGUACUGUGUUUGUAGACCCGAACCCAUAUCCAGAUAACCUGCAUAUAGUGUGCAAAGCAUUGGUCACUAAAAUACUGUUCAAUGGGUUGACAGCCAUUGGCGUCGAGUUUAUAGUGAAUGACAUCUCGUAUACNGUGCAAAGCAUUGCCAUUGGCGUCGAGUUUAUAGUGAAUGACAUCUCGUAUACGGUUUACGCCAACAGAGAAGUCAUUGUUUCCGCCGGAGCCUUUCAAAGCCCCCAAUUACUGAUGCUCUCAGGCGUGGGUCCGAAACAGCACUUGAAUAGUCUUAAUAUACCGGUUGUGUUGGAUCUACCGGUCGGACAGAAUUUCCAAAAUCACCCGGUUGUUAGGGGAGUUAUGAGGUUGCAGUCAACUGACCCCUUAUUGCCCCCUCUAAUUGAUCUUAUUUGGUAUUCAAAUCCUGAAGAUAAGGCAAACAUUUUAGAUGCCGUAACACAAGUGUUUUACAUGUAUGAGCGAACACAACUGGCCAAUUAUUUGCAACCAUUGCUACCAUUUUCAUUCAUUGGUUGUCCCGAUUGUCCGGACAAACAGUAUUUGUAUGAAUGUAUUGAGGGAUUGAAGUGUUAUAUUCAAUACAAUACAGUCGCUGGCAAUCAUCCGGCGGGCAGUUGUCGUAUGGGAGCGAUAGAGAGGGCGGACGUUGUGGUCGACCCCCAGUUGAGGGUUAAGGGGGCCAACAAUCUAAGGGUUUGCGACGCCUCUGUGUUUCCCAUUAUACCCAACGCUAACACCGCCUCCGCAGCGAUACUCGUGGGCUAUAAAUGCGCGCAAUUUAUUAAGCAAUUUCAUAAUUUAUAA